GAAGCUCAAAUACAUUACACAAUAAUCAAAAUAUGCCUCUGGCAAAGUGAAGCCAAAAGAAGUGAAGCUGUUGCGAAAAAAAGUGGGAAGAGGGAAUGCAACUGAAAGGCAUUGACUUUGACGGACUUCAAGGAAGACAUCUGAGAAUGCAGAAUUUCAAGCCCUCCCUUUAAAAGAAGCCCAGUUUGCAGCACGAACAACGAAUCCCAGGAAACUGGACAACAGAGUGCCACAGUUGAACAUCUGUUUACAAUUCAGCAGAUUUUCUGGUCGGAUGUCAAGAAUCACUACCUUCUUCAAAAACGUUUAUGAUCGUGUUCACCAUGAUCUUCCUUGUGCUGUUUGUCUGGAUUGUACCCUGUGUAGCCAACCAGUUUCUCAGCAGCUUUCUAAAAGCAGAAAUUCAGAAAGGUUCUAAGCAACUUAUAUGUAGUUUGCCAGGGCCACAAGGCCCCCCAGGGAUACCAGGACCUCGCGGUCCAGCUGGGAAUAUGGGAAGGAUGGGCUUCCCAGGAAAAGAUGCACAAGAUGGAAAGGAUGGGGAAAAAGGAGAGAAGGGUGAAGAAGGUCCACAAGGCAGAACAGGAAACCAAGGCAAGCCAGGGCCAAAAGGAAAAGCGGGAGCCAUUGGCAAAGCUGGCCCCAGGGGUCCAAGGGGCCUGAAGGGACAUCCUGGGAGAAGUGGAGGACCAGGAAAGAAAGGGCCCAAAGGUGUGCAGGGAGAUUUGGGGAUGCCAGGUCCCUGCAGCUGUGGGGCCAGUAAAGCCAAGUCAGCCUUUUCUGUUGCUGUGACCAAAAGCUACCCAAGAGAGCGCUUACCCAUCAAAUUUGACAGGAUCCUCAUGAAUGAAGGUGGGAAUUACAACACGUCAAGUGGGAAAUUUAUAUGCAGCAUCCCUGGCAUCUACUAUUUCACCUAUGACAUCACUUUGGCCAAUAAACACUUGGCUAUUGGGCUGGUUCACAACGGGCAGUACAGGAUAAAAACAUUUGACGCCAACACGGGGAACCAUGAUGUUGCUUCUGGAUCAACAAUCCUUCCCUUGAAGCAGAACGAUGAGGUCUGGCUGCAGAUAUUCUACUCGGAACAGAACGGACUCUUUUAUGAUCCCUACUGGACUGACAGCCUUUUCACUGGUUUUUUGAUAUAUGCUGACCAGGAUUACCUCAAUAAAAUAUAGGGCUACACAGCCAACAUCAGCAAACCAUAGCAGAAUGCAGAGCAUGAAAUGUUAUAGCCACAAUGUAUAUGCAUCUCUGAAACAUUCUUACUCUAUGAAAUUCAGCCUAAGUGGACUGCAGCCUGCCUAUGUAUAUAGGUAGCGUAAGUCGUUGUGUUUGUCUUUUUGUGCUAAGAAUAAACUAAAGAUUCACAUAAUGUAUAAAAGGGAGAA